AGUCAAUGUAAUCUUGGAGAACAGGAGAGAACGUCAUGUUGUCAUAGUCAGAUAAGUUGUCAGUUUAAAAAUAUUUUGUAUCUGUGAGUUUGGACUUUUGUUAUUAUCAUUCUUACGCAGUCUAACGCUUGUCUCGGGAAGACUGACCGGAAUAAUAAAUUUAAACCUACAUAAUCAAGUUUGUUGCUGAGCUCGUUCUUUUGGAUUCAAUCUGUGAAAAUCGCUGCAGGAGUUCCAGCAUUGCAGGAUGGCGUGGUCGGGAUAUCAGAAGUUCCUGGCGGUGAUGCUCGUUGUGACAGGUUCAAUUAACUCUUUGAGUACAAAAUGGGCGGACAAAUUGCAGUCAAAGGGGUCGGAUGGAUUAAUCACAGAUUUUGAACAUCCAUUCCUACAGGCCACAGCAAUGUUUCUCGGCGAAAUGAUGUGCCUUGUUAUAUUCAAGCUGAUUUACUUCAAAACCAAAAACACGGGCGGGCAUUCGCUCACAAACGGCAACCAAAACUUCAAUCCUUUUAUAUUGCUGCCUGCAGCCAUGUUUGACCUGAUUGGCACCUCCAUCAUGUACAUCGGUUUGACGCUGACGUAUGUGAGUAGCUUCCAAAUGUUCCGGGGCUCCAUCAUAGUGUUCGUCGCUGUGCUAUCCAUGACGUUCCUAAAUAGAAGAAUCAUAAAACGGGAAUGGGUUGGCAUAUUAAGUGUAAUCGUUGGUCUGAUAGUGGUUGGAGUAACAGAUGCUCUAUACCAGUCUGCAGGCGAGUCUAAAGGCAGGAACAGUCUGAUAACUGGAGACCUGCUCAUUAUCGUAGCCCAAGUCGUGUCUGCCUGUCAGAUGGUGUAUGAAGAGAAAUAUGUGGCAGGUCUAAACAUCCCGUCUAUGCAGGCUGUAGGCUGGGAGGGCGUGUUUGGCUUCUCAGUGCUGUCAGUACUCCUAGUGGUGUUCUACUGGACUCCGGCGCCACCACACUUCGGCAACAACCCGAGAGGCACCGUCGAAGAUGCCAUCGAUGGACUGAUUCAAAUUGCUAACAACCCUCUGCUGCUGGUCGCUACCAUGGGUACUAUCGUCUCCAUUGCGUUCUUCAACUUCGCCGGGGUCAGCAUCACCAAGGAAAUGUCGGCUACCACCAGAAUGGUUCUAGACUCCAUUAGGACUUUCGUGAUAUGGAUGUUUUCGCUAGCUGUGAGGUGGCAGAGCUUCCACUGGCAACAUCUCAUUGGCUUUGCAAUCCUCAUCUUUGGAAUGUGCGAGUACAACGGCGUGAUUCCCCGUUGCCGGCCGACGCCGGAGCCUUCAGCCGAUGACGCAGAAAACCAGGCUGUUAACACUGAGGCUGAUAGAAUGGACACGGAAAAUGAGGACCAGUAGGACAACACGGCUCUCGUACAAAUGGGACCAUAUUAGAGCUAUGUAUCUGUAGCUUACGGUAUACCUAUCUAAAAAGGAGGCUGUGUCUCUAAACCCUAUUAGCCGAUCAAUAAUCUGAUCGGUUGGUUAGUCUCUUGACUAAAUUUAAUAAUAACAAAUUAAAUAAAACCCGUUUUUGAAACUAGGAUUAAGUCAACUUGGCGAAAAAUAUUAAAAAGAAAAAAAUGUCCUGUUAGAAGUUCAUCCACCCUAUGUGGGCUAAAUGCGAACUAAAAGCGGUAUGGCUUAACGCACUAAAGCACCGCAACAGCGACUUUUGCGGUUAUGCUGCCAAAUUGCUAUUUCCCAGCUGUAUCGCAAAAUUUCCUUUCUAUACCAAAAUGUUUUACCGGGCAGGUCGUAUAAUAAAGAUGAGUAUAUAUUUUUUAAGCAUAUUUUCGCUGUGCUAUGAGAGGGAAUUACAAACUUUAAUUGACUCAUUAAUCAUGUAGAAUAUAAGUAGGUUAAGGAUUCUGCGAUCAAUUUAUUAAGUAUUUCUAAUGUGACUGUUUUAAAUACAAAUAUUAUUGUUAAGAUGAUAAAUAAAGUAUUGUGAUAUGAAGAGUAUAAAAGAACUCGUGCUACCUGAUGUUACAUUUUUGCGAGAAUGAAAUGUAGAUAUUUCAAAACGAAUUCCAGUAAAACGUUUACAUCUUAGUAGGAUUAUAAAUAUAAACACAUAAAUAGUGGCUCGUAAAAAUGUUAUAUUAAGCGAUAUUAUUUGUUAUAUAUUUCUGUACAUAAUAUUUGCGUGAUAUUAAAUAAAGAUCUUAUCUCAAAUUGUGAAGAUAGUAAUGCAUUAA